CCUGCGCACUUCUUUGCGCAUGCGCUACGACGGUUCUGCUGAGCCGCACGUCACAGACGCUUGUGUUGUUGUUAGCUCUAUAGAUUUUUCAGAUUUUUUUUUUCUAAGGCAAAGUCAGAAUGGAGGAGUUCACUUCCGGAGAAGAGACCGGAUUCAGUCCCGAUGACGCGAGUAACGCGGUGAAAGAGUGCAUCGAGGGUGUAAUCGGAGGAGUGGACUACAGCCAAUCCAAGGUGAACCAAUGGACCGCGAGCAUCGUCGAGCACUCUCUCACUCAACUGGUCAAACAGGGCAAAGCUUAUAAGUACAUCGUGAACUGCGCCAUCAUGCAGAAGAGCGGCGCAGGACUCCACACGGCCAACUCCUGUUACUGGGACACCACCACUGACGGAAGCUGCACAGUCAGAUGGGAGAACCGCACCAUGUAUUGCGUCGUUAGCGUGUUCGCUGUGGCUUUGUGAAGCAGUGCCAUGCCAUCCGACCCACACGCACAUGUAUAUUCACAGACACCAGGUGGCGCCAUGAACUCACUUCAGCCCAGUGAAGUGGGACGUUAUUAAAGCCCAAGAUGUUCCCCGAGUCGACUGCGUUCACCAAUUUGUUAUCGAACCGUGACCGCGUGUCGUGUAUCUUUUUAACUCGAAGCUUUUCACGUAGGAAGACUGUACCAUUUACUAGUUCAGUGUUCAGGUUGAAUAAAAUUCUGUUGUAUAACCCGA